UACUCUUAUAUCUUACAAACAAAGAAAAAUGAAGUGCUUGAGAAGCCUUAUCAUCAUAUUUUCUUUGGCAAUAUUAUCCCUUGGAAUUGUGUAUGCUGACGAAAGAAGUGAUCACAAAUGUGGUCCUAAUCUGGGCAAUCCUCCAUGUGGAGAAGGACGGUGUUGCAGUAUCCAUAACUUUUGCGGUGGCGGAUCUGGUUACUGCAGCGGCGGAAACUGCCGAUACCAGUGUUGGUUUGCUGCCCCAGCUGGUGGUGGUCUCCCUCGUGAUAAUGCUGUAACCAAAAUUAUCAGCCAAUCACUUUACAACGAAAUGUUUAAGCAUAGAAGUGAUUGCCAAAGCCAGGGUUUCUAUAGUUACGAGGCUUUCAUCGCUGCUACUGAAUCCUUUCCUGGUUUUGCUACUACUGGAGAUGUUUCAACUCGUAAGAGGGAGCUCGCUGCUUUCUUUGGUCAAACCUCUCAAGUAACCACAGGCUAUGAUUCUAGUGAUCCACAUGCGUGGGGAUAUUGUAAUAUCAAUGGGACUGCUCACACUACAGCUGAGAAUAAUUACUGCACGUCCACUCAGUGGCCUUGUGCUUUAGGCAAGAAAUAUAUUAGCAGAGGACCUAUCCAACUUACUCACAACUAUAAUUACGGCCUUGCUGGUAAAGCUCUUGGGGUAGAUUUGGUAAACAAUCCUGAUUUGGUGGCCACAGAUCCAGUUGUUUCAUUCAAAACAGCGUUGUGGUUUUGGAUGACUAAGCAUGAUAGUAAGCCUUCCUGCCAUGAUAUUUUGAUCAAUGCUAAUUCUGAAGCUAAUCAAGUCUCAUCAAACUACGUUACGAUUGACAAAAUAAUCAAUGGUAAUUCUCAAGCUGUCCAAACUGGACUCGGCGAAAAUAAUAGAGUUUCUACUAGCGUUGGGUACUAUAAAAGGUACUGUGACAUGUUAGAAGUGAGUUAUGGAAAUCCAAUAUGAUAAGAGGACGUAUAGUACAGUAGCUCAAGAAAAUAAAAGAAAUAAAAUGGAAUAGUUUGCUUGUUCCCCCGUUUUCA